CAGAUUCGUUUAUUUUGGGUUGUGCUCGGCUGUCGCAGUAUUUAUCGACCGUUUCCGUACCGUGAAUGAUUCAUAGAUAUGGACAAAUAGAGGCUGAUUGUAGGGUUGUUUUUCUAUCAUUUCCACCCACAGCGAAGAGAAGGAAAAGUAGCAGCAAUCAAACACCUCCGAUCAAGUGUGAGUUUGGUGUUCUGUGAGCGAGAAGAAAUCCGCUACCGCAGCGAUGGCUUCCAUGUUCGACCAGUACUCGAGCGACCUGAUAAGGGAAAGCUCCACCGAAACGAAUGUGGGCGUUGGGCCGCAAACGUCCGGUUAUGUGAGCGUGCGGACACGGAAGGAGGUGCCCAUAUUCACCAAGCAGAAGAUGAACCUGAACCUGCCGUCCGGCAUCCUGUUUCUGUCCGUGCAGAACGAUUGGCUGAUGAUGCUGAUGACCAACCUGACCGUGUUGCGGAUGAACCUGAAACAGCCGGAUAAGUUUACCGAGGUGCCGAUUGACAAAACUAUCGGCGGAUUGCGCCCAUCCAGCAUAUAUUUAGAUCCGCUCGGGUCGCAUCUGUUUCUGACGUUUCUGCCCAAGUCGCCCGGCUUUACCCCGGAGCUGCUGUACCUGCAGCGGAACAGCUUCAAGCCGAAGUUUGUCACCAAGCUGAAGGAUCAGGAAAUUACCGCGAUCGGGUUUAACCAUGUAAACACGUCGGAAACGAGCACCGGUCCGAUACUGCUCGGCACGGCGCACGGCGUCAUCUGGGAGGCGGAUGUAGGGCUGGAGAGUGGCGAUAAGCUGGUGCAGAACAAUGUCCGGCAUGCGUUCGACAUCGGUAAGGGUGAGCCGCGCCCGAUAACCGGACUGGAGUUUUAUCUCAAGACCGAGCAGAAGAAUCUGCACUGCAUCGUGCUCGUCCUGACGGUGGACCGGUUGUACAAGUUCCACAACACGAUUCGAUCCACCGGCAAUGGUUCGAUCGCUGCUUCUGCGCUGACCGCCGCCCAGGAGCUAAAACUCGGCGGCUACCUGCAGAAGGUGUUCAGCCCGUACCAAAACGUAGACGACCAGCUGCGUGACUUUGAGGAGUUGUCGAUGAGCGGUGGCAAGACAGCAACCGGCAGCUGGCCGAAGCUGGUGUUUAACUACGAGGAAGAUUUUCCGAAAAGCUUCGGCUGCCUUACCGAGCACGGUAUCAACUAUCAGGAAAUUGAUCCGGCCAUCAAUCAACCACAGUUCGUGGUGCAGAAGGAACUGAUUACCUACCCGGAACCGCGCUUCGUGCCACCGGCAACCAACUCGCACAAGGUGGCACCGAAGACCAACACACCGCUGUCGUUCAUACUGACCGAUUUCCAUGCGCUGCUGCUGUACCCGGACCAUGUGAGCGCGAUUUCGUUGCUAGACUAUCAGGUCGUGUACGAGGAGUAUUUUGUGGAGCAGUACGGCCGGCUGAUAAACAUCGUAAAAGACGUGCGCUCGAACGUUACGUUCGUGUACAGCAACAAGCUCAUUUUUCGAUACAAGAUUGUAAACGAGCAACGAAACGCUUGGAAGCUGUACGCGGACCGCCAGAAGUUUGAACUCGCCCUGCAGUACUGCAACAAAAACCCAGCCCACCGCGACAUUGUGCUCGUGAAGCAAGCGCAAUCGUACUUCUACGCCAGUGACUAUCUGCAGGCGGCUGCCAUCUUUUCCGAGACGCAGCUCAGCUUCGAGGAGGUGUGCCUCAAGUUUCUGCAGAAGAACUGCAACCAGGCGCUGCUGCUGUACCUGCGCAACCGGCUAGCGCAGCUGAAACCGCACGAGAAAACGCAAAUCACCAUGCUGAUCGUGUGGAUCGUGCAGCUGUUUCUGGUGGAGCUGUCGCAUCAGCGUGCCGGCGGCGAUAAAGCUACCCGCGAUCUGCAGAAACAGUUCGAAUCGUUCAUGGCAAGCCGGCCGGUAAUGACGUGCGUGCGUCGUAACCGUACCGCCAUCUACGACCUGAUGGCAUCGUACGGCGAUACGCACAAUCUGACCGCGCUGACCACGAUCAACCAGGACUACGAGUCCGUCAUCCAGCAGUACAUCAAUCAGGGCCGGUACGAGGAUGCGCUCGCGGUGCUCAGUGCCCAGAACCGGCCCGAACUCGUCUACCAGUAUGCGCCGAUCGCGAUGGAAAUGUUACCGGCCGCAACGGUCGGCAUGCUUAUCGGGCAGGGCCACCGGCUCGAUCCGGUACGGCUGAUGCCGGCCCUGCUCUGUCUCGAUACGGUGCAGCAUGCGCACGAGACGGUACGCUACCUGGAGUACUGUAUCCAUUCGCGGGGGUGCGUCGAAUCGGCCCUGCACAACUAUCUCAUCCAGCUGUACGGCGUUUACUUUCCCGACCAGCUGCUAACGUUCCUCGAGUCGCAGGGCCGCGACACGACGAUGGUACACUACGAUCCGCAUUACGCCCUGCGCACCGCCCUGCGUCACGAUAUCCGACCGGCGUGUGUGUUUCUGCACUGCCUGCUAGAAAUGUGGGUGCCCGCAGUACGGCUGGCCCUUACGCUGGACGAUCCCGAAGCUGCCCGGCAGCUGGCCCGUCAAACGGCCGCCCAACCGACCGACCGGGUGCUACGCAAACGGCUCUGGUUACUAAUAGCGGAGCACGAAAUACGGGGCACGCGGGAUGAGGAGGUGCAGCGUGCGCUCGGCAUACUGCAGGAGUGUGAUCAGCUGCGCAUCGAGGAUCUACUGCCGUACUUUUCCGACUUUCAGCGGAUCGAUCACUUUAAGGAGGCGAUCUGCCGGUCGCUGAAGGAGUACAACGUGAAGAUACAGGAGCAGCGGCGCGAUAUGGAGGAAUCGGCUAAAUCGGCCAACCGUGUGCGCCAGGAGCUGCAAACGUUCCGCAGCCGUUCGGUGACGGUCAGUGCGCAGGAACAGUGUGCGGUAUGCAACGUCUACCUGAUGUUGAAACCAUUCUUUGUAUUUCACUGCGGUCACAAAUUCCAUGCCGACUGCCUCGAACGCCAAGUGUUGCCCUAUUUAAGUUCUGCAAAAUCGGCACGGCUAGCGAUGCUAAAGCAAAACCUUGCAGCGACCCAGCAGCUGGCAGACAGUGGAACGGCGGCCGUGGGCCCAGGAGCAGCCGGUGUCGUACCGGACCCGGCCACCGUACCGACCGUUUCGCACAAGGAAGCUUUGAAGAGCGAAAUUGAAGCCAUCAUCUCGUCCGAGUGUCUGUACUGUGGGCAGCUGAUGAUAAACGCGCUGGACAAACCGUUCGUCGAAAACUGGCAGCAAGCGGAUAGCGAAUGGGAUUAGAAGUGGUUCCCUACGCACGCAUCACAAUUCCCAAUCGGCUACAUCACUUCUUAGUGUGGGCAUUACGCUAUGUUUACAAUACUAUAGAUUUCCAUUUUUUCGCUCCUUCGUUCGAUUUGGAAAAGGGAAUAAGCUAAGCAGCGUGCAGCUCGAAUACUCAUCAGCGCACGUUGUGCCAAAGAAGGAGCAGUAAGGCCCAAUCAACGAACGAUCGUGAGCAGCAGGCGCGUGGAUGGAACGAUUUGACCGGGUUUUUGAAUUCCUUUCUGAUACUUCAAUAAUGCAAAUUCGUCGUGCUUGUUUGGCUGUGGCAUUGUAUUCUGUGCGAUCUUUGAAAUGGAACGUCACCAACGUAUAAUUGUGAGUGACUGCAAGUUGCAUUAAAAUUGACGCGCAUAUAAUAAUAAUAAUUUACCUACCACUUUUUUCUGUUAGCGUACACUGUAUAGAAUAUAUUGUUAUUACUAUUACUAUCCUUA